AAUUGAUGAUCAACAACAUGAAUAGGAUUGUUAUUAGUGGUUCAAUUUACUUGUUGUUGGUUAUUUUCAUGAUUUUCUUGUUGGAAAAUGUUCAAUCAGCUUCACCAAUAAUUAAAAUCAAUAGUGGUUCUUCAUCAAAUAGUGGAUUCUUUUGGCAUGUGACGGAUCCACAUUUAGACUCUGAUUAUUCACAGGGAUCUAGUGUUGAGUGUGGAGAGUUGAUUUGUUGUAGAAAAUCAUCGCCUGGUAAUUCUACAAAGGCUGGAAGAUUUGGAAGUUAUGGUCCGUGUGAUAUUCCAUUGGAAACUUUUAUGAGUGCUUUGGAUUUUAUAAAGACUUAUCCAUUGGAGGCUAGUUUUGUGUUUUAUGGAGGUGAUAAUUUGGCUCAUGAUGAUUGGAAUUACAAUCAGGAAUAUAAUUUGAAUUAUGGAUUGUUGGUUGCUAAUGCUCUUAGAUCAGGACUUUCUGGAUCUAAAUUCCAAAAUAGAAUUAUUCCAUCAAUGGGCAAUCAUGACAUGGCACCGAUUAAUUUAACACCAUUGGAUCCAUCAAAGAAUGCUUGGUAUUUACAUCCUGUUGGUGAUGCAUUCCAAUUCAGUUUUAAUUCAUUCCCAGAUGGACCUGCAGCCCUCAAUUCCUUCAAAGAAAUGGGUUAUUAUACAGUCUUGUUGGAACCUGGAUUUAGAGCUGUUGUUAUUAAUACUCAAUUUUGUAAUCCUCUCAAUUUCUGGCUCCUUUCCACAACUGAUAAAGAUCCAGGUCAACAACUUGCAUGGCUUAAUACUACUUUGGCUGCUGCUCAAGCUGCCAAUGAAAAGGUUGUUAUCCUCGGUCACAUUCCACCAGGAAUUUCUACAAGUAGCUCAUUGGAGGAAAGUACUGGAGAAUUCAAUUUGGGCAUGUCAAAAAUUGUUGAAAGAUAUAGCUCCAUUCUUGUUGGUCAAUUCUAUGGUCACACUCACAAUGAUCACCUCAAGGUUUUCAAAGAUGUUGCUACCUCAACCAAGCCAACUGGAGUUGCCUACGUAACACCUGCUGUCACUCAAUGGGAAGAACAUAAUCCUUCAUUCAGACUUGUUCAGUACAAUAAGCAAACUUUCCAACUCGAAAAUAUCUUUACCUUUGUUGCAAACUUGACUAAAGCCAAUCUCGAUGGUAAAAUUACUUGGUCAAUGGAAUAUGAUUUUAUUAAUGGAUAUGGCCUUACUGAUCUAUCUCCUGCCUCAAUUAACGGCUUAAUUUUCAAUCAAUUGAAUCCAGUUAAGGAGCAAUGGGACAAGUUUGCUCUCAGAUUUGGAGCUGGUUAUCCAAAAAAUGUAUGUCAUUUUGACAAACCUUGUAAAUUGAAAAAGAUUUGUGCCAUGGGUAAUGUUCUCUACUCUGGGUAUGAUAUUUGCAUCAAAUCAAAUGGCAAACAAUAAAACAAGUAUUCCAUUUUC